CCUCAAUCUAGUGAUGGCACUUUGCGUUUGGACGGCCAGCUUGUUUUCUCCCCUCGUGCUCGCGCCGUUUCUAACCCCCGGCCAGAAUAAUACAUCAUCACAACACCACCGUAUCUAUUACCCCGAGGGCGUUGGGUCACAGCGGACAAGGUGACGGCGGUCGUCCUACUCGGUGGUUGCUGCCCUCUCUGACUCUCUGACUUUUCCAGGCCAGCAGCCUUUGUUCUCACCUGCAACAAUCAGACGCUGAACCUUCCUCGAUAUUGCGCCUCCACGCGGCGCGCCCUCGAAACCUCUUCGACCGAUUGUCUCAACAUAUUUUGCGACGAGUCCGUUUGCCCGUGGAAGCGCUGCUCGAUAGCACGUAAACCUCGCCCACCUCGACGCGAUGGAGACGGAACGUCAACUGGGCGUGACGCCGCCCGUGUCCGUGAGCCUGCCUUCCGAAUUCGAACUGCAGGCCACCGACGCCCUGCUAGCCGAACUGCGCGCACAAAACUCGUUCGAGAGCCCGCUGGAGACAGAGAAACGCCAUCGCGUGCUCGCGUCUCUACAGACCAUCGCAGACGCCUUCGUCAAGGUCGUUGCCAAGGAGCGCGAACCUCACAAUGCAGUCCUCAUCAAGGACGCCCGUGCCAAGGUGUUUGCCUAUGGCAGUCUUCGUCUCGGCGUCUGGGGCCCGGGCUCCGAUAUCGAUACCCUCGUUGUCGGUCCGAGAUACGUCACAAGGGAAGACUACUUCCAACACUUUCCCGACCUCCUGGUUAAGAUGGCCCCCCCUGGUGCCAUCACCGAUCUCACUGUCGUCGAGGAGGCAUUUGUGCCCAUCAUCAAGUUCGAAUACCAUGGCAUCAGCAUCGACUUGAUCUUCUCCAGGAUCGCGACACUGAAGCAGUUGCCCAGCGACCCGGCCUGGGGCCUGAAGGAUGACAACCUACUGCGCGGUCUGGAUGAGAAGGAGCUGAGAUCGGUGAACGGCACCAGGGUAACCGACGAGAUCCUGAGCCUUGUCCCGGAGCAGAAUAUUUUCCGGACCGCCCUGCGCGCCAUCAAGCUGUGGGCUCAGCGCAGGGCCAUCUAUGGCAACAUCAUGGGCUUCCCCGGAGGUGUCGCAUGGGCCAUGCUUGUUGCGCGAGUCUGCCAGCUAUACCCCAAGGCAACAUCAUCAGUCAUUGUCAACAAGUUUUUCAGUAUCUUGUUGCAGUGGCCCUGGCCCCAGCCUGUGCUUCUCAAGCCUAUUGGCGACGGGCCUCUGCAGGUUCGAGUCUGGAACCCAAGGGUCUACAAGGGCGAUAGCUAUCACCUCAUGCCGGUCAUCACCCCUGCAUAUCCGUCCAUGUGUGCGACUUUCAAUGUUACCAGGUCCUCCAUGACGGUCAUCAAACGCGAGCUCCAACUUGCAGCAGAGAUCACGAACAACAUCAUGUGCAGCACAAAGCCCUGGAAGGACAUGUUUGCGAAGCACACCUUCUUCACCAAGGACUUCAAGUACUACAUGCAGGUGAUCUCGGCUAGCAGAGAUAAGGAGGCUCACAAAAUAUGGUCUGGUUUUGUCGAAUCCAAAGUCCGUAUGCUGGUGCAGUCUCUCGAGAGGCACGAAUCGAUAGCUGUCGCGCGCCCUUUUAUCAAAGGCUUCGAGCGCUUUCACCGCUACCGCAACGGCGAGCAGUUUGCACAAAUCCUUGAUGGCAAUCUUCAGCACGUCAUCAAAGAGGGAGGCGGCGCAAGCCCUUCGCCAGAUGAAAUGCAGGUGAAGAAAGCGAACGAGCCAUCAGUCAAAACUGAGGAUGGUAACAAGGUGAAGCAAGAGAAUGGUGAGGUGCCGGUGAAACAAGAAACCGCCGUGAAGGUGAAGGACGAGAAGCCCGAGGAGGUACCAAUGGCCUCAUUUCCCGAACAUCAACCAAUCGAGGCGAACGCUGAUGCCAAAGCGGAUGACGGAGCCCUCGAAAUGUACACGACGACCCACUACAUCGGUCUAGAACUCACCCCAGCCGCCAAAUCUCUUGACCUUUCAUUCCAGGUCAAUGACUUCAAGGCUCUGUGCCACGAGUGGGAGAAGUACAAGAAUGAACUCAGUGACCGCUGCUACGUCAAUAUCAAGGAUCUACGGAACGUCGCACUCCCGGACGACCUGUUCGAGCCCGGUGACGUCAAACCAGCGAAGCCGAUUAAGAGGCGGCCUGCAGCUGGCACCAACGCAAUCGGCGACAAGAAGCGUCCCGCCAACGAAGAUAACUCAAACCCAGCGAAGCGAAGGCAGGCAGCCUCUAUCGCCGCCGCCGGCUAAUUACCGCACCAACCACACGCCACUGAAUGGCAUGGCGUGUGGGGGCUCCUAUACAUCGUGCCUCGGUGAUGUUCCUUUUCCAAACUGACGGUGCCCCGUGAUCCCGGUUCGCGGGUAUCUCAUCCAGUCGGCUACCCGCCGCUGUGGCCGCAGGCGACCUCCUAAUAUUUGGUUAGGGCAACGCCUGCCGACGACAACAAUUUGGCCUACGGAUAUUGACAAACAGGUUUCUGCUGGCGUUGCGAGGCUUUUUUUCGGUCAAUACUCCUGCCCAGCGACCCAAAUCUGGCCGCAACAAACCAGUUAUCCGCGACGUCGCAUAUGCGGUGCUAACAGACUGAAAAAGAAAACAUGAAAAAAAAGAGAGAAAAAAAGAACAGAAAAAAAAACACAAAACAAAGCAAGGCAUGAGACGUGAGUCUCGCAACCCCGGAACAAGGCAACCGAACCCACAUGCCUCUAAUGCCCAUUUUUUUCAGAUAAGACUUGUAGAUUGAGGACGCCGUCCCCACCCCUUCCCUUCCAUUUAUCCUUGGGGGGAGGCGAGUAGAGUGUUGACAUUUCUGAACAUCACUUGAAAGUUUUCCUCAACUACCAUUUAGUCUCUUUUAUUCUUCAACUUUCACUUCGUCUCAUUAUUUUCCCUGUCUGUCUCAUUCCCGUUUUUCUGUACUUUUUGUCUUUCUGCAUUCAUGCUCGGCGUCUCGGACAGGUCCUUCAGUUUUCAUCGUGGGGGUAGUGCAUUACAUUUCACCAAAAACAAGUCCGGCGACAACGACAACAACAACAACACAACAACAUAGAGUGUGGGAUACGACCAAUCGAGAGAGCGAGGGAGAGAAAGUGGGGUCUCACUUGUCAGCCGAUUCCACAGCCCGCAGUGGCUCUCCGGUCACGCUGCCAAUGAUUUUCGGUUGGAAGGGAGACAUGAGGGAGCGCUGUCGAGAGGAGACGCUCGACUUUCCGCUGUAAUGUUAAAUAUCAGACUCAGCCGAAUAAACACUCGAUUAGAGGCCUCAGCGGGCCUCACCACCAACAAAUUAAACUAUCUGGA